GAAGCCACAGGAUUUGGAAGGGCAGAUUCUGGCAGUCUUUUGUCCUGCCAGCGGUGUUUGAUCUCAGCUGAGGGCCUGUCUGGCUCCCUCCCCUCCCCUCCCCUGUGGAAGAAGGGCAUCUUGUCCAGCUGGAGGGUGGAUGCUGGUCCUUAUGAGUGGGUGUCAGGACAGUGAAAGACUCCAGGGUGCUUGCAGUCACUGAGUGACUUGUAGGACGUUAGCUUUUUUCAGAGUGCAUUGAGAUGCCCUUAACUACGUGAUCACGUCUGCGGUCAGCAUGCAUAUGGGCCAUCCAUUUCCACCCAGGAUGAGCCUGGGCCUCAUUUUUUAUUUUGGUGUUUCUAAGGAUCCAACACUGGGCCCCAAGCAUGCUAGGCAAGUGCUGUGCCCCAGCCCUGGGACCUGCUCUCUUGCCCAGCUGAGGAUGGGCCUGAGAGGCCCUCAAGGGCCCAAUUUCAGUGGAGGGGGUGUCUGUGAGAAUCCAAAGUCCAUCUGUGUUUCCCUCACCCUACCCCAUCACAGGGCCUCGCCCCCAGAUUUUAGAUUCAACCUUCAGGGAAAUUGUGACACUGAAAGGGUCAUGGAAAAGGUCGCAGCCGGAAACAGACCCUCAUCAUCUGCUGGUUGAAGGUGGAGUCCUUUGCCUUACCUGGAUUCACAGGUGACAGGCACCAACUUGGACCUUACUUAAGGGAAACCUGGGCCAAUAGUCUGUUGGGGUGGGGUGUGUAACUGAACCCACUGUGCAUGGGAGACGGGGUCAGGGACAAAAGCUAAGCUCUGCCUGCCCUGCCCCUCCCCCCCUGAGCUGAGGGGGUGGGUCUUUAAGGAGACUUUGAUCCCUGCUGGGCUGUGCCCUGCCCUGUGGAGUGGCUCAGGUUACAGCAUCCCCUUCUUUCCCCCUCUCCGGCCAGAGCUGCCCUUCUCCGCCUCUUGGUGACCCUCUUGGCCACUGGCUCUGAGCUUCUGGGCCUCUGGCCCCUCCCCUCCUCUCUAACUCUGCUCUGUGCUGACUGGUGCCUGGGAGCCAUCCACAGUGGCUGGGAGAGGAGCAGGCACCGCAUGGGCGACGAGCUCUGGGAGAUCCCAGAACCCACCUGCCGUGGAGUCAGGAGAAAGAAUCUGCCUAAGGAUCUGCCGUGGGCUCCAGCAGAGGCCAAAGGAGCUGAGGGAGUCAUCAGAUUGGGCGGGCCAUCCCAAAGGAGGCCCAGCUGAUUACAGGCCCAAAGAGUGGAUGCCUGCAGGAAGCUGGGCUCCAAGGGGACCCAAAGAGGGGCUGGUGGCCACACACCCCUGCCCCCUGGCCCUGUGAUCCACAUGCCCACCCUGCAGUUACGCCUGCUGUUCCUGCCUCUUUUCCUCAUUGUCCAGCUGACUUCGGGGGUCAGUCUGCUGCCAGAGCCUGGAAGCCACCCUGGAGUGUGCCCUAACCAACUGAGCCCCAGCCUGUGGGUGGACGCCCAGAGCACCUGUGAGCGGGAGUGCAUUGGGGACCAGGACUGCACAGCUGCUGAGAAGUGCUGCACCAAUGUAUGUGGGCUGCACAGCUGCGUGGCAGCUCGCUUCCCUGAUGGUGGCCCAGUUGCACCUGUGACAGCAGCUUCCUGUGAGGGCUUUGAAUGCCCACAGCAGGGUUCCAACUGUGACAUCUGGGAUGGGCAGCCUGUGUGCCGCUGCCGUGACCGUUGUGAGAAGGAGCCCAACUUCACCUGUGCCUCCGAUGGCCUCACCUACUAUAACCGCUGCUACAUGGAUGCAGAGGCCUGUCUGCAUGGCCUCCACCUGCAUGUUGUGCCUUGCAAGCACAUCCUCAGCUGGCCACCCAGCAGCCCAGGGCCUCCAGAGACGACUGCACACCCAACAUCUGGGGCUGCCCCAAUGCCGCCUGCCCUUUACAGCAGCCCCUUCCCACAAGCAGUGCAUGUUGGAGGCACAGCCAGCCUUCACUGCGAUGUCACUGGCCGCCCGCCACCCGCUGUGACCUGGGAGAAGCAGAGCCACCAGCGGGAAAACCUGAUCAUGCGCCCUGACCAGAUGUAUGGCAAUGUGGUAGUCACAAGCAUUGGACAGCUGGUACUCUACAAUGCCCGGGCUGAGGAUGCUGGCUUGUAUACCUGCACUGCACGCAAUGCUGCUGGCCUGCUGCAGGCUGACUUCCCGGUCUCUGUAAUCCAGAGGGAACCAGACAGGGAAGAGACCUCAGACAACCCAGCCCUGGCUGAGUGCCUGCCAGACAUGCAGGCCUGUGCUGGUUCAGCCUCCCCGCACCGUGUUCUCUGGCACUUUGACCCACAGCGGGGUGGCUGCAUGACCUUUCCAGUCUUUGAGUGUACUGGGGCCACUCAAGGCUUUACAACAUAUGAGGCAUGCCAACAGGCCUGUGCCCAAGGCCCUAAAGAUGCCUGCACCCUGCCAGCUGUGCAGGGUCCUUGCCAGGGCUGGGAGCCUCGCUGGGCCUACAAUCCACUGUUACAGCAGUGCCAGCCCUUUGCCUAUGGUGGCUGUGAGGGCAAUAGCAAUAACUUUGAUAGCCGUGAGAGCUGCGAGGAGGCUUGCCCUGUACCUCGCUCACCACCCUGUCAGGCAUGCCGCCUCAGGAGCAAGCUGGUGCUGAGCCUGUGUCGAAGUGACUUUGCCAUCGUGGGGCACCUCACUGAAGUGCUAGAGGAGCCUGAGGUGGGCGGUGGCAUUGCCCGAGUGGCCCUUGACGAUGUGCUCAAGGAUGACAAGAUGGGCCUCAAACUCCUGGGCACCAGGUACCUGGAGGUGACACUGAGUGGCAUGGAUUGGGCCUGCCCCUGCCCCAAUGUGACAGCUGGGGAUGAGCCUCUGAUCAUCAUGGGGGAAGUGCAUGAUGGUGUGGCCAUGCUGGAUGCCAGCAGCUAUGUCCGUGCUGCCAGUGAAAAGCGUGUCAAGAAGAUCUUAGAGCUGCUUGAGAAGAAGGCCUGUGAGCUGCUCAGCCGCUUUCAGGACUAGCUCUGUUGUCCUCUCCUACUUGGGACUAGCUCCCUUCCCUACCUCCUCCUGCCAGGACUAGGCCCACUGUCCCUUUCGCCUCACCUUCCUAAUGAAUAAAGGCUCCUCUUGUCCUUGGA